AUGUGGUUGAAUUCAAAUUUAUUUGCAUCAAAUAUGAUGAAUCAAAGCAAAUCUGAUAAUUAUAGUGCAGAAAGUAAUCUCGCAACAACAAAUUUCACUCAUGAAGCAUUGCUGAAUUGUCAGACAUCUUCCAAAUCUAGCAAUAUGAGUAGCUCUAUUGCUACACGAAAACCCUAUACUUCUAAGACACCACUUCAUAGGCAAAAACCAAGACAUGUGCCAUCAUUUUGCAGCCUAAGUGAUUCAAGUAUUAAUAAUUUUGAAAAGGGACUUUUUAAUCAGAUGUCAUCUGAUUCAGAAAAAGAAAUAAUAUCAAGCCAUUACGAGCCUGGUACAAUAGGGCUUCGUCGUUAUGCAGUUACACAUCAAGAUGAAGUUGACGGUUAUAUUUUUGAUUUCAGCAAACGAAGUACAAGACUUGCUAAUGAUAGCAUAGAUAGGACUGUUGUUACAGUAGGUUUUACUGGAAGAAAGAAAAGAUGGACACUCUGCCCAUCAUGUGAUUGUAUACCUAAGGCUGAUAAACGUGAGAAAAUUGUAGGCCAGUGGAAAAUUUUAUAUUUGCCUCCCAAGGGUGGAAAUUUGAUAGUCCCAAGGUGUGUCUAUGAAGCAUAUGGUGAUGUAGUUGAUGACUGUAACUAUUUUGCUGCUACACUUUGCCCUCAACAAACUUAUUGUGCAAAGCAUAGUAACCAAACUAGUUUUCUAAAUAGAAAUUGGCACUAUUCAUAUAGACACCAGUUUGCUUUACAAGACUACAUUGUUUUUUGCGACCAUUUACAGUCUAUUAGACUUGUUUGGAGAUUACAAACUUACAGAGACAAAUCUAAAAGUAGAGAAAUAACAGCUGAAGUUGCAGAACAAACUUUAAUUAAUGUUAUGCAGAGGAUUUUGGAAUAUUCAAGAGUUAAAGGAUUUAAUAGUAGCAUAGCACUACCAAUAACUAAUAACUCAUCUAGUAAUGGUUCUCAUACUGAGACUGAAGUGAGUGAAUCAGUAAAUUCAAGUACACCUACUUCCAAUGAGAAAGAGUCCAUAGGUGUUUAUGAUGUCCCCCCUAUUUCAUGUAAUUCCUCUGAUUCACUAAAUACAGGUUUUGAUUUUAAUAUCCAGUUACAAUUAGCAGCAGCACAACUAAGUUCACAGUCAUACCAACCUUUAAUAGUUCAACAAACCUCAUUACCUACUUCUUAUGGUGCAAUUAUAAGUAGAAUUUCUCCUCAGAAUUCAGUUUCAUUGCAAGAUUUACUAGCAAGUUAUUUGGAUGAAAGAGCGAAGUCCAUAAAUAAUGGACUUACUGCAGAAAAAGAUAGAAUUACAGGUCUAUAUACAUCACUGACACCUUCAGCAACAUCAAUAAAUAUGUCAGAUGGUCUGAGCAAUUGUUCAAGUACAGGUACCACUCCAAUGUCAAUGGAUUCCACAGACUCCCCAACAUCAGCACAUAUACGACUUAUUAAUGCAACUAAGAGCUGCAAAGAAAAUAAUAGUAGUAUGUAUGAUCAAGAUUCAAGUAAUAAUAAGUGUGGAGAUAGUGGCGAUACAACGGCAUUUGUGCAUAGUAAUUCAAACUCAAAUAUAAUAAAUUCCAAUUUUGCACCAGAUAUUUUCAGUGCAUUAAAUGCCCCAAUUUUAUUGAGUAACGCAUCAAAUAAUCUAAAUAGUUUCGGUACAGUACUUAACUCAAGUCAAUUUGCACAGUAUCCACUUACUCAAGUUAUCCCAACAGAUACCAGUAAUGGUUCCGCAUACCUAGUAUUUGGAGCUAAUUCUUCGUUCUGUCCCAUUUUAUUACCACUUAGUAAUCAUGGACCUUUUAACUCAUCAGGACAUAUCUUCAGCAAUGCAAAUGGAGGAUCUGUUAGUGUGAAUAACGGAAAUUUACCUUUCGUUUCUCCGGGAAUACACUUUGCAAAAAUACCACAGCCACCUACAAGUGAAAUUGCAAAUAAUAACUCCACUAAGUCUAUCCCAGUUCCUACAGAGAGUAAUAUUAAUCCAAUAAAUGUCAAUAUACUUCGAAAUGAAGCAAAGAAAACAUAUAUUCAAGGUGAUCUAAGCUCUCACUCAGGAAAUCUCCCUCCGGAUAUUGAUCAGGCCACUUCGAAGACAAUAAACCAUACUCCCACCUCACGGUUAAGUGCCAUCAACAGUAUUGACGCAGGUACAUCCCAAUAA